CUUGAAGAACUCACUGAGAAAUGCCAGGAUCUCAUUGGCAAAUCCGACUUCCAAGAAGCGUAUAAGCUGCUCAAGAGAAACCAAUCACCUUACCAAAGAGAUGCUCAGUUCUUACAACUUUUCGGAGAAGUGUGCUUAGAAUUGGGUAAAGUUGACAAGGCGUACGAGAAGUUCACGCAGGCGGUGGAAUUGGACCCUGAAGGGUUACACGGUGGUGAGAAGUUUCUCUACCUGGGACAGAUCAUUGGGGGUGUUAAAGGUCUAGAACUCAUAGAUAGAGGUGUGUCCGUGUUAUCGCAGGACUCGAAGGCCAACCUCAAGAGAUUGACACAAGGCCUGUUUGCUGAAAUCGAGAUUUGGAUGACUGAUCUAUGUAUGCUGCCGGAGGCUGAAUCCAAAUGUGAUGAGUUGAUCACCCAAUGUCUUGAGUUGGACUCAAAUAACCCAGAGACCUGGAGUUUAAUGGCUAACAUCAGGAUUUCACAACAGAGGGACGAAGAGGCCAUUGAGGCUGUUAACAAGUCGUGGAUCCUGUUCAAGUCUAAGAAGGAGGGUUUGGAGAAGGAGCCAGGCUUCAACGUUGAAUAUCUGGAGCUGGUUCAGCCUUUGAUCUCACUUGCAAAGAUCUCCAUUGAACUGUCGCUGUUUGAGCUCACGAUGGAUGUACUCGCGUCCAUACGUGACAUCGAUAGCGAUAACGUUGAGAGUUACUACUUGGAAGGUUUUGCUAAUUAUCUGUACAUUAAAAAGACCCAAUAUUUUAAG